CAUGUGGUUACUUGAGAAAAGUCGGUCACGAUAGAGGUUUGUUUCAAAGCAGUCCUGAUUCUCGAUACAAUGGUUAGAGAUCGGAUCUUUCUACUAACUGUUACCUGCUCCGUCUUAAUGUUACUAGUUAGUUGUGAUGAUUUUCUAGAGAUCCGCUCACCAGAAGAUGAUAUGAAGGCUCAAGAGGAGAAAGAACUGAUGGAAGCCCUUCAAGAAGUCCUUGAAAAACUGAGAAACAAGCAAAUUCCCACUGUCGAGAAGAAGUUUGGUUGGGUGCCCUCGUGUGAUGCAGGUGAGCAGUGUGCAGUUCGGAAAGGCGCUCGCUUCGGGAAGCUCUGCAGCUGUCCAGGAGGAACCACCUGCAGUUUCUCCAUCCUCAAGUGUUUGUAAAAGCAUGUGUCAUUCUUCCGUUAUAAUUCUGUCAUAAUCCUGCAUACAGAUGAUUGUUAAAGCUAUUCUUGUCUCCUAUUGCAGUGGUAAAACCUUUUUUUUUUUUUCUUUAUUUUAUUUUUUUUAUUAUUUAUAACAGACAAAUCAAAUAAAUGCAUGCAAUUUUGUAUAUAUCUCUGUUUUUUAUUCUCUGAUUCUUAAAAAGCCAAAUGCUGUACUGUGUAUCAUUCAAAACAAAAAGCCACUAGAUGGAGCAAAACUUCAGUCAUGUGGCUCUUUUAGGAAACAUUGAAUAAACUGCUGUUACACAAAAUAUUUCAAUUUGGUUAGCAUUAGAAGUAUGGAAAGGUUAGGAUGAGGGUGAGAAUGAGCUGACAUAUAGGUAGUAUUAUGUGUAUUGUGUGUUUUAUUUAAUGCAACUUUUGCCACUUUUUGUGUUUAAAAGUAUAAUACUGUAGUUUAGUAGAAUGAAGUCAUUACCCCAUACAUAAUUGUAUUUGAAAAAGUUUUAAGAAGCAAUUAAAUUUUGUUCAUUCAGCUUCAGUAGUUUUCAUUGAGCCAACAUAAUUUAGUUAAUUUAGGUCAAAUCAAUGUACUAUCGUAGUUUUAAGCCAACUUCAUUAUGUUAGUCAAACUCAAUUUAAUAAUGUUGAACUUAAUUAAUGUUGAUCCAACUUAAUUUUUAUUAAUCAUUAGGAUGCCAGGUGAGCAAGUGUAAGGACAGUGAAACUGCUGGACUGUCAAAUUAAUUGCAACUGCUUAUGGAGUUAAA